AUGAGUUUGCUACACUGUUCCAGGCGGCUCCUCAGCCGCAGCACAUAUCGCAGCGGGCAUUCAAUUGCUCUGCAAUCGCUCGCGCUCGCUGGUCUCCACAGUCGCCGCGCCUUCCAUGGCUCCGCAGCAUGUUGGGGCACCAGAUCGCAGGUUCUCAAGGACGUUGGCGAAGGCAUCACCGAAGUCCAGAUCAUUCAAUGGUACGUCGAGGAGGGCGCACAUGUGGAGGAGUGGAAGCCGCUCUGUCAAUAUCAAUCCGACAAGGCCGUGGACGACAUAACGUCGCGAUAUGCUGGCGUGAUUAAGAAGCUCCAUUUCCAGACAGACGAUACAGUGCCAACGGGAAAGGCCCUGUGUGAUAUCGAGGUCGAUGAUGCACAAUAUCCAGACGACGCUGUUGUUGUCGCACAGCCAGAGCCAGUCGAGUCACAGCCCGCGCAGCAGCCCACAGAAGUCUCGCAACUUGAUACUUCUGAAGCAGUCCCUCAUGUCCCUGAAGAAAAACCGCAAUCAAAAUAUGCGUCUCUCGCAACACCGGCUGUGAGGGGCCUUUUGAAAGACUUGAAUGUCAACAUCCUUGAUGUGACGGGAACUGGCAAAGAUGGACGAGUCACCAAGGACGAUGUUCAAAAGUUCGCCGCCACGAGGGGUCAACAACCUAUCACCACAACACAACAAACAGCAGCAGUUCCUGCUGCUAGACCAGCCACGACAAUUGAUACCCAACAGUCCGAGACGCGUGAACCAUUGACGCAUAUGCAGUCCCAGAUGUUCAAGACCAUGACCAAGUCCCUACAGAUCCCCCAUUUCCUAUUCACAGACGAGCUCAAUAUCGAUGCUGUCACGACACUUCGGCGCAAGCUCUCCAGCGAUCCUACCAGUGCUCAGAAAAUCACAUCCCUCUCCUUUAUUGUCAAAGCCGUCUCUCUGGCGCUGGAAGAAUACCCGAUCCUGAAUGCAAAGAUCGACACAACCGACCCCAAGAAACCAACGAUCAUAAUGCGCAGGAACCACAACAUCGGAGUCGCAAUGGACACUCCCCAAGGUCUAAUUGUCCCGAAUAUCAAAAACGUCGCGGCACGAUCCAUCUCAGACAUUGCUGCUGAGAUAUCCCGCCUGAGCGCCCUCGGAAAGGAAGGCAAGCUCACCCCGGCUGAUUUGACCGGGGGCACGUUUACCGUAUCCAACAUCGGCAACAUUGGCGGCACCUAUGUCUCGCCCGUGAUCGUGUCGAGCGAAGUCGCGAUCUUGGGCGUUGGCCGAUCCAGGGUUCUGCCCGUGUUCGACGAGGCCGGACAAGUGACGAAAGCCGAGCUCGUCAAUUUCAGCUGGAGCGCUGACCAUCGGGUUAUUGAUGGAGCUACGAUGGCUCGCAUGGCGAAUAAAGUCCGAGACUUUAUCGAGUCGCCUGAUAGAAUGCUGCUGAGGCUGAGAUGA